GCCCAGCAAGCAAGCACCACCAGCAGCACCUGGCAGCCGGCGGCAGAGGCAUCCACGGGACGCGAAGCUAAGCACAGCAACCCCCAGCUACAUCUACAUACCGACGACCAUCACCAAACAUCCUGCCACCGUUCCCUCCACCCACGAUAUCGACACCCAUUACCGCCAAGUCCCCUCCCCUCCUUCUUCAACCAGAUACUAUCGAUAAUCAUGGAUCACAGACCGCAAGCUUGGGGCCGUCCUAGAGACGACGUCUACGGAGCCUACAACGCCUCCUACAUGAACCCCAACGGCCCCAACCAAGCGACACAAGCCCCCAUCGUCACGGGCACAUCAGUCAUUGCCAUCAAGUUCAACGAGGGUGUCGUAAUCGCCGCCGAUAACUUGGCAUCCUACGGCUCCCUUGCUCGAUUCACCGACGUCAAGCGUCUGCGCAAGUUUGCCGACUCUACCGUUGUGGGUUUUGGCGGCGACGUCUCCGACAUGCAGUUCCUCGACCGCCACCUCCAGUCCCUCGACAUUGAGGAGUCCUACGACCUCUCCACCGAUCAACCCCCCCGCCUCAACGCUGCAAACCUGCACAAGUACCUCUCCAAGCUCAUGUACAAGCGCCGUUCCGACUUCGACCCCCUCUGGAACCAUCUCCUCGUCGCCGGCCUGGACGACGCAGGCAAGCCGUUCCUUGCCGCGGCCGAUCUCCUCGGCACUACAUUCACCUCCCCCUCAUUGGCCACCGGUUUCGGUUCUGCUCUGGCACAGCCCAUCAUGCGCCGCUACGUCCCCGACGAGGAGGCAGCUGCCAAACUGACCAAGGAGAAGGCCACCGAGGUUAUCAAGGAGUGCAUGAAGGUGCUCUUCUACCGUGACGCCCGCAGCUUGGAUUCGUAUUCCAUUGCCAUUGUCACCAAGGAUGGUGUCGACCUCAAGGAGAACGAGAAGCUGGAGAAGCAGAGCUGGAAGUUCGCGGAACGGAUUCGUGGCUACGGCACGCAGGUUGUUUAA